CUGGAACGCGUUGCCCUCCUGUUUGCCGUACAGGCGCGCAUUGACACGCGCCCGUCCUCACAGCAGCGCAGACCGACCGCGACGCACCGCGCGCCGCUUGGAACGAGUCUAAACGUUGCGCGGGCGGCCGCGCACUGCCAAUCAACUGCCUGCUGCGCGCAGCGCCACUUCUGCGCCCGCGCGAGUGCCGGAGGCACGCGCGCACGCAAGAAGGUAGCGCCCGAUCACCCAGCUCUCACCUCAUUAGCCUAAGACGCCGCGCGCUUCUACGUCGAAGAUGGCGGAGGUAGUUAUGGCCGCGAAUCCGCAGAAGAGACCGCUGGGCGACGAGAACGCCGGCGGCGCCAACGCGCAGGACGCGUCCAAGAAGCCGCGCGGCGCGGCGCCGGCCGAGGCGCCGACGGCCGAGCUCACCGAACAAGCCAAGGAAGCCGCAAAAGCGUUCCGAAAGCACGCCGACAAACACGCCAGCGGGUGGGAGCCACAAGAAAGAGAGAACGCGGCCGAACUCGUGGAGCGAGUCGCCAAGGAGAACAAGGGUUACAAUCACAUUGCGAUACCGGUCGUGAAAGCUAUACUUGCAACUUUACCCUCCAAGCAGCAGCCAAAAAAGCUCAACGCUGCCAAGGUGCGCGGCGCCCUCACGAAGCACCUGGCGAGCGUGUCCGCCGCCGCGUUCGUCGUCGCGGGCGCGCCGCCGAAGAAGAAGGAAGAGGAGGGCUACGUCGAGGGCAGCGUCGACAUCCGGUCCGUCAAGGGCGACGGCGACGGCGAGUGGCUCCGCUACGACAAUCCAACGAAAAUGUCUAAGGACAAGGGCCCUUGGGGAGAGUCCGGUCCGAGCCUUCAGCAGAUCCAGGAGGCGCUCAAACGGCUCUCGGACCCCAAGAGCAUGUACGCAGAGAGGCGGGGCUUCGAGGUGCGGUACGUGACGGAUGAGUUGCGGUGCGCGACGGCCACGAACAAGGUCGUGCGCGGGUGGCAUGCGCCGCAUUCUACGAAUACCUGUGGGAAAAAUGACGACGUUGUAGGCGAUGCCAAGAAGAAGGAGGAGGAGCGCGCGGAGAUGGCGGCGGACGCGGUCGCGGACAAGGAGAGGCGGGAGAUCGACUGCGUGAUUCGGUGCGCGGAGUUCGGCUUAGCGGUCGUCGCGGCGCCGCCUCUGCCCGACGGCGCGACAGACGAGGACCGCGAGCGGCUCGAGGACGAGGACCUCGACGCGCUCUACGGACUCUCCUAGGCGCGCGCGUCUCUCCGGGCGGGAGUUGUGUAAGAU